AGAUAACCAGAAAUAUCCAACAUCGUUAUGGACUUUGCAAUAACGAGAAUACACUGUCGUGAUUUCCGCCUGUCUAUUGCGUUGAUCGGUCUAUCUUGACCAUUGACAUGCUCUUUCGCUGCGGCACAAGAUCUAUAUUCGUGCGUCCCCUUGUUUCGAUCAGCGUCCUGACGAUCCCUUGCAUCCCUGCUCCUUUCGUCGCGCGUAUGGGGCACAGCAACAGUUAGGGAUCAAACGCUUCCUACCCACUUCCCACCGACUUCCGCGACAAGUCUCAUUCUGAGGCCCGAGGAAGGCAUUCGUCGUCUGCUCCUAUAUAUACGACCUUCGACGGACCAGCUAUCAGCAGCACUUCCCUCACCUCUAAGCACGAUGGCGUACAACAACUACCACAGUACCUCGACCUCUGCGCCUCAACAAGCCAACGACAACGCUCCCAACGGCGUUCAGCUUGUGCGCGACUCCCAGUUCCUGAUCGACAGCUUCCUUCCCUCUUCCGCCUACACAUCCUCCAGACACGAUGCGCUCCCCCUCCCCUUCUGCCUUCCUCAAAUCGCCACAGGCGAUGGGGCACCCUUUGCAAGAGGCUACAACACAAUCCUCCACGAAGCGGUCGACCUGCCCAUGGAGGACUUUCUCGCCUUCGUGGACGGGCUGAACCUAGCGAUCGUGGCCAGUCCACCGUUGAGGGUGGUGGACCUGGCGGGGAAGAUCAUCGGGCUAGUACCAUAUCAUUGGACGAUGAUCGCGUCCAUGGCCAUUCAGGCCGGAGCGCAAGCAGGAAUGCGCGCGCUCUCGAAGACGCUCACCGACCGCUAUAUGCGCGCCGCCAACCUCCGCAUCUUCCGUCCCCGAGGCCUCGCCGCGCGUAUUUGCACCACCGCCGCGGCGAUGCAGCUGCUCGGCGCAACUUCCACCACUUCCGGCGCUGCGAAGAGCGCGCUGAACAAGUUUGGCAGGGGCGUGGGGAAGGUGCUGCUGAAGGUGCCGCUGCCGAUUACCAGUCGGGUGGUGCGGGCAGUGGCGGGGGCGACGUCGUCUUCGAGUGGGGCGGAGCCACUGGAGUACACUGUGCAAGACGGUGACGAGGGCCUGCUGCGGAUACAGCGGAGAUUGGACGCGCUGGGCGAUGCGGCACUACCGGUGUCGUUCGACGUACCACCGCCGGCGAAGGCCAAGGGUGCGAUGGAUACGAUGCAGGCGUGGGGCGUGAAGUUCGACGAGGGUGUGCUGGCGCGGCAGGAGAGGCGGCGGGCGGGUCGAAGAGAAGAGCUAGCAGAGAAGCGGGCGCGGCAGGAGGCGAUGGAGGCGGGUGAUUACAACGAUGCAACGCUUCGUGAUCAGUUCGGGUACCGGAGGGCAGCGCGUCGGGAGAGGCGCGGGCAGGGGCUCAUUGGAGGUGUGCUCGGGCCGAGGCAAACCAUACUGGAGACUCGGGUGGCGAACGCCGAGGUCGUCGACAAGUGGGAAACAGAUGACACCCUCUGGCUGGUGAUUGUCGACGCUGCGCGAGGUACGUCUAGAUUUCGCGAGAUUUCCGAAGGUCGAGUUCGAUUGCUGACGGUUUCCCAGAUCGGGAAAUUCUGGGUAUCGGUGAGGCGGAAAGUGAGCGGGACGUCGAGAUCGUCACGGAGCAGGCUUGGCGGGAGGAGAUAGAGAUCGAGCAGGAAGAGUUGGCAGAUGAGCUAGCGACGCGGGAGACGUAUGGAGGGCACAGAUGACCGCCCGAUAUGACCUAUCAGCGAUUAGGCCGCGCCUUGCUAUGACUAUUGAGUGGACCUUUGAUG